AUGGGCUUUGAACCUCGAGGAAGAGGCGGCUUCGGUGGUGGACGCGGUGGUGGACGCGGUGGUAGCCGUGGUGGUUUCGGCGGUGGUGAUCGUGGCGGACGCGGUGGAUUCGGCGGCCGUGGUGGUGGCCGCGGCGGCGGACGCGGUGGAUUUGGAGACCGCGGUGGUGGCCGUGGCGGCGGCCGUGGUAGAGGUGCUCCUCGUGGCCGUGGUGCUCCUCGUGGAGGUGCUGCAGGUGCCCGGGGAGGCGCUAAGGUCGUCAUUGAGCCCCACCGUCACGCUGGUGUCUUCGUUGCCCGCGGUGGUAAGGAGGAUCUGCUCGUCACCAAGAACCUGACUCCUGGCGAGGCCGUCUAUGGUGAGAAGCGGAUUAGCGUUGAAAGUCCCGAAAAAGACCAAGAUGGUGCUGUCACCAAGAUUGAGUACCGUGUGUGGAACCCCUUCCGUUCCAAGUUGGCUGCCGGUAUCCUGGGUGGUCUGGACAACAUCUACAUCAAGCCUGGAAUGAAGGUCCUUUACAUUGGUGGUGCCAGUGGUACCUCCGUCUCUCACGUUGCUGAUAUUGUCGGUCCCACCGGUAAUGUCUAUGCCGUUGAGUUCUCUCACCGUUCCGGCCGUGACCUGAUUGGCAUGGCUACUCACCGCACCAACGUCAUCCCCAUUGUUGAGGAUGCCCGUCACCCCCUGAGAUACAGAAUGCUUGUUCCCAUGGUAGACGUCAUUUUCGCUGAUGUGGCUCAACCUGACCAAGCUCGUAUCGUUGGCCUCAACUCCCACAUGUUCCUCAAGGAUCAGGGUGGUGUUCUGAUCUCCAUCAAGGCCAGCUGUAUCGACAGUACCGCUGCCGCUGAUGUUGUCUUCUCCCGUGAGGUCCAGAAGAUGCGUGAGGAGAAGGUUAAGCCCAAGGAGCAGCUGACUCUUGAGCCCUUCGAGCGUGAUCACUGUAUCGUCGGUGGUGUCUACACUCGCUCCUCAUAA